AGAUUGGGUUCAAAACUUAUAACCUCCUUUCCCUUUUCAUUUUAUUCCAGGCUUUUUAUAUUUCCAGAAAUAUUCCUCUAUUAUACAUUCAUAGGGUUCUCGUUAAAGGCUUUGGACCUAAAAAGGAAAAGAAAAAAGUAGAACAAAUCAAUCAAUCUUAAUUUUCUUAUUGUAUGGGUACUUUGUAUCUUUAAAUCUUUAUUCAUCUUCUUCCUCCUCAUAAUUUGUUUCUAGGGUUUCUUGUCUGCCCCCUUUCCAUAUUUAGAAACCCUUUUUCUUGUUGUUGCUUGAGAUUUUCCAGGAAAUUGACUUCCGGUUUGUCCCGGAAUUCGAUUAAGGUGAGAAAAUGGUGAGGGGGAAGACGCAGAUGAAGCGCAUAGAAGAUGCAGCGAGCAGGCAAGUGACCUUUUCGAAGAGAAGAAAUGGGUUGAUGAAGAAAGCCUUUGAGCUUUCAGUUCUGUGUGAUGCAGAAGUUGCACUUGUUGUCUUCUCCGCAAGAGGGAAGCUCUACGAGUUUUCCAGCUCUAGUAUCAACAACACACUAGACCGUUACCAAAUGAGAGUGAAGGAUGCAGGCCAUCUUACCAUUAAAGCAUUUGAAGAAGAUAUGGAGCAUGAGAAGGAUGACACUCAAACCUUGGCAAAAAAGAUCGAGUGUAUUGAAGCUUCUAAACGGAAGCUGUUAGGUAAUGAUUUGGAAUCAUGUUCCAUGGAGGAACUACAUCAGAUAGAGAAUCAACUGGAGCGAAGCUUAACAAUAAUUAGGGCCAAAAGGAGUCAGUUACUGACGGAGCAGAUUGAUAAGCUGAAGGAAGAGGAGAAAAAGCUAUUGCAACAAAAUACAAGGCUGUGGGAAAUGUGUAGCAUGCAGCCACUUCGUGCUUCAAGAACAAGCAAGCAUGGAGAUGAUCAUGGAGUAUUCCUGCCCCAGACACCAAAUAUGGAUGUCGAGACGGAUUUGUUCAUCGGGCCACCUAAAAGACGGCGAAGUGGCCAAAAUCCGUAGGAUGACGAUGUUGAUGAUGAUGAUCUCAAAUUCAACAUUCUUGAUAAUAAAAGUUUACACCUUGAAAAAUCUGCAACAGCAGUUCUACAAAGCUUCAUGAUGGCCGUACCGUGAUUUUUCGUGUGCACCCAAAAUAAUUUUGAAGUAAAGCAGUUAAACGUAUAGUAUAUGAAUAAUUGUACGAAAAUUUCACUUUUAAUGUAAUUUAAUAAUUUUUUACAUUGUCAAUAUUUUUUAAAAUUAAUAUAAUUAAAUCAAUUAAUGUAA